AUGACUCUUUGGUGUAUUCUAGCGUCGAUCAACUUUGGUCUUUUCCUCGGUGCAGGCCUUUUCGCUGUCACUUUCUUACCCUUUGAUCAUCCGCCAAAUGCCAGUGGAUUAAGAAAAAUUUUGAGUAAAUACCCGAUCUAUUCAUUUUUACAAACUGAUCCAGCAUUUUGGAUUGCUGAUGAAACGGCGUUAUUACCAAUUGAUUUACCAAUUGAUUUUUUCGAGAUCACAAGUUUGAAAGGGAUUCUAUUAGUUGUCGGAAUAGCUCUGCUCGAGUUUUUGCCUAUGCUUGCUUUCUCAAUCGGUCAUUCACUUUACAUGCUGAGUUUGAACUCGAGUUUCAUGAGUGAUGCGAGGAGGAAAUUGCAGCGAAGUCUGUUGAUUGCUUUGAUUUGGCAGGCUUUGGCCCCGAUUCUCACAAUGGCUGUUCCAAUCGCUUUCAUUGCUUCGAUUCCACUUUUUGCAUUCGUUUUGCCACAAGAAGCGAUCAACAUCUCGUGCAUUAUUGUCACUUUACACGGAAAAGUGUCAGCAAUUCUCAUCUGUCUCCUAACAAAACCAUACAGAAGAUUCACAAAACGAUUGAUUAGAAGAAUAUUGCGAAUUGCCAUCACCGACCUAAAAAAGCCACUACAAUUGAAAGUUUUUGCUCAAGAGAUUCAACAAGAUAUUUUGAGGAGUAGACAAGUUUGGGACAAGUCCAAUCCAUCAAAACCUGUCUCUAUUAAA